AUCUCGGAUAAAAAUAAAAAAAUGAAAUGUCAAAAUUUCAGUUCCAAAAUAGACAUGUUUAUUUAGUAAAUUUAUUUGUACCCAAUUUCCAUUUCAAAUUCAUCUCAUUUAAAUCACUUCAACAAUUUUUAACUCAGUAUACAAAAUACGACUCAUUAUGUACGCCAGCCGAAGGAUAUCUCAUAAUUUAGCCCCGAACCAACAUAACCUAAGAAAUUUGAUUUCCGAAGGAAUACACAGUGAAAAUAUCUUAUCUAAAUAUAGACUUAUCAUGAAAAGACCUUUCUCUGAAUGGGAAAAAGUAAGGAACCUAAAGGCAAUUAGGGGUAAGCUUGAGCAGCUUUUCGAUAAAGCACGAAUGUACAGACUGCUAUUCUCAAAGUCAAGCCCAGAAAACACUUUGAAAGUGUGGGCUCGCCAAUUUGAAUUUGUAUUUGCACAAAGAGUGAGAAGAGGUCAGCAAAUGAUUUGCUUAUAUUCUAAAUGGUGGGAAGAAAGAGCUUUGAAAGAGUUUUUCAGAAGGCUGAGAAUCGGCCUUCACAGAAAUGGAAAGGAGUUUAUUGUCGGUGCACUUGGUGUUUCUGUAUAUAAUUGGGAAGAACAGAGAAUAGCAGAUGAUGAAUUUCUAUUACAUUUAGAAGAUCUUAAUUAUAUUGAAACUUUAAAAAACGAAACCAUGUGUUUAUCUUGUGACCAAGGGCAAAGUUCCCAAAAAAAUACCAGAAUUUGCAAGUGUGGUACAGGUGGUAUCACAAAUAAAACGCUUGAUAGUUGGGUGCCAUUCAUAGAAAAAGAUGAUUUAUUAGUGUGGCGACGUCCUCACGGUUCUGAAGGUCUAUAUGAGUACAAAGUUUAUGGUUCUUAUCAUGAUGUUACCGCUGAAGACUUUUUAAAUGUCCAAGUUGACACACUUUACCGUAAAGAGUGGGAUACUACUGCUGUCCAAUUGGAAGUUGGUGAAAGAGAUCCUAUGUCUGAUUCGAAUAGUGACAUUCUUUAUUGGGAAAUGCAAUGGCCUCGUCUGUUUGUCAACAGAGAUUAUGUUUUUAAUAGACGAUAUAAAGUAUUUGAAGAGUCAAAAACAAUCAUAAUGAUAAACAAAACAACGACUUAUCCAAAAUUUCCAAAAUACCCUGAUAAAUAUCGAGUGGAAGAAUAUUGGUCUUGUAUGGUCAUCAAGCCAUAUGAGGACAUGAAACAAUUAGGUAUUGAAUUUAGUCUAACAUAUUUUGACAAUCCUGGUGUGAACAUACCCUCUUCAGUAACCUCUUGGGUGGCUAAGAGUGCAAUGCCAGACUAUUUAUCUAAACUGAGGAAGGCUAGUAAGAACUAUCGGGACUUUUGCUUAAGAAAAGGUGUUAGCAAAGCUUGUGAGGUUUACAAAAAAGAGGAUAAAGAACGUAGAGAGGAAGAAGAAAGAAAUAGAUUGGAAUAUUGUAGCAAUGAAAAAUUAAGAUUUAUUAUACAGGAUAUUCUGGAUGACUUUCAUAAAAAAGCUAAUGAGAAAUUGUUUAGAAAAUCAGAAAUAACAGAUUCGGGGGCCUUAGAAAUAAUAUCAGAUAGACGCCCAACGUCCGAAGAUAUGAGCCAAUCACAACAAGCCACCAACAAUAAUUCAAAACAGACACAGCGACAUAACUUUUGGAAAUAUUUACACCCAAUGUAUUAUUUUACCUAAAAUUUUUAAAACUUUACAUUAAGAUAGGAAACAAAGUCAGUAGCGCUAAUACCAGAUUUAAGACUGUAUACAUUCUCUAAUUUUGUUGGAAUUUAUAUUGGAAUAUAUUACAAUUUUGUUAGUA